CUCCCUCACAAAUGUGUGUGUAUUAGUUGACUGCCGCAUGUAAGCUGCAUAUAACAAAAACUGUUCUGCGACCCAGAAACACUUUUCAAUAUGAUUCACACAAGUCGCAUCACCCUUCUGUUUCUGAUGCUGUGUUCUCUGGAGUGGCGAGGAAAUACUCUCACCUCAAAUGCUUUUGACUCUAUAACAAAAGAAGCUUCUACAGUUGACAGUCAUGCUAGUAACAACAAUGCUACAAAUCUGCCCAAGAGACCCAUUCUUCAGCCCAAAGAAACUGUUCCACUUCAGUUUACAUGCACUUUAAAGAACCCUCAGGGCAAAGUGUGUGUGCGGGCCAGUUUGGGAGUGGAGUAUGUCGUGAGGGUGAACAAAAAAAAGUAUUAUUACAACCUGAAUCCCAGCUUAAUACAAGCAACAGGAUACUGUGGGGACACUAAAUCAGUGCUCUCAUUGGACUUUGAAGGUGGACAUCUAGAGUUCACCUUUAUGAAGGAAGGCAGUUUCUCGUAUGUGAAGACUAUUAAAGGUCUUCUGAAUCCCGCCCCUCCUUGUAAAAAAUGCCAAAGUAAACCCUACAUUGGAAUUGUGGAUCAUGAAAACCUGUUCAAAACUAGCAAUGGCCUGAGCUUCAAGUGCAAGUCUGAGACGAUGCUGAUACUGGCAAAUAACUUCAGAGUUAAACUUAUACCUCUGCAGAUGCAAGCUUUUGAUCUGGCUAAUGGAGCAUUCGGAAAAGAGGCUGAAUGCUGGGCGGAUUACAACAAGCGAAUGAUUCCGAUUAUUUUGGGAGCUGUAGCAGCAGCAAUUUGUCUCAUUGCAAUUUUGACCUUUGUGCUUGUCCGUGAACGUCGUGGACAAGGCUACGAACAACUCUGAGACUCUACAUGUGUGUUACAAUCAAGUGAUUUCAUUUUUUUUUGCAUUAUUUGAAUUUCAGGUUUCAAAGAAUAAAUACUGUUGUCACUGUGCUUAGAAAAAUGACAAAAUCCUCUUGUAAUGGCUAAAUCUGAUGUGUAAAAAAUAACAAGCAGGAAUCAGACUAAACAAAAAUGUAUUAAGGUUGUAAAAGUAUCAGUCUUACUGUUAUUUCAGUUAAUUAUAAUUUGAAUACAAUUAAAAACGCUUACUAAACAUUUUCUAAUUAACAAAAGGAAUAUAGCUCAUAAUGAAACACAAAAGACGUUUUGAAUAUGCAAUUAUUUCACAGAUUUAAAAUGUUUUUGACCAAAUCAGUUUAUAAUUUCCAAAACAUAAGACAAAUAAAAACAUUCUUGGUGGUUAAAAAUGUUUAAUUAACUUGCAUAUAAGACAUUUUAAGGAGGAGCUAUUGAAAACUUUGUUGUUUUAUGUGUUUAAUUCAAAUAAAACUUUAAUGAGGUUUAUUUCCA